CCAGAGCUAACAUUUAAAAAUUGUGGUAUUUGAAGUGGAAGAGGACUGAGGAAUUGGCUUCUGGUUUUUGGGAGAUUAAUGAUGAAGCAACGUUUUGGGUUUUGUGAAAGUGUUCCACCUACAACAGGGCUCGGUUUGGAGCAAGCCGAGUGGCCGUCUGACCUCCCCUUGAAUGGAGACACGCCUGAAAUGGACGGCUAUUUGACUGUGGAAGGCAGCACAGUUCAACUGCGACUCACCCUAUUCCUGGUGGGAGCUGGGUUGAUGGUUUGUGAGUGAUAGCUGUCUGAGAGCAGAGCCAGGAGAUUUGGGAGGAUCCGGAUUUCUAAUAAAGGUCACCAGUGGGAGCAAAGCAGACUUAGUGGAUCUCCGGCUGGGUGACCUGAUCACCAGCAUCAAUGGGACGGAAACCUCUGACAUGCUCAACAUGGAGGCUCAGAACCGGAUCAGAAUGUGUGAAGGGGAUCUCAUCCUCAACAUUGAGAGGCCAGAGGCAGGUUCCCCUGGACCUCUUGAUGGAUCUCCCACAAACACUUUCCUUGCACAGAGAUUCGAGAGUGUCCUACACACGGACAAGGAUGAGAAUAAGAACCUUGUCGAGAGAAGGUGGAGUGCAAGCAACAGUCCACGAUCCCCAAACCUCACACCUGUCCGAUCCCUCUCUCCUGCACCUGAUCAGAAAUCCAUCUCUCCCAAUACUAACAGGAGGUCUGUAUCCCCAGCUUGGAGCUCGGAAGAGAAGGAGGAGACAGCAUUUCGGGGAAAUAUGGUGCCGAAGGGAUUCCAAGCAGGGAUUCAGGUCCGCAGGAGCGUCUCUCCUGUCUCCAGUUCCUACUCUGUGCCCAGAGUGAGCCACUCCACAGACUCGAGUCCCUCAGAGGUAAGGCAUCGGACUGAAGGAUCACGCUCUCCCAGCUCCGCCGCUCUGAGCAAAAGGGUCCCAGAUCGGCGUUCCUCAAAUCACAUCGACAUAGACUCGGAGGUUUAUAAGAUGAUCCAGGAGAACCGAGCUGCAAAGGAACCUCCUCGACAAUCCAAUCGUUUCCGUCAGCUUCAGGAGGCACUGGAUGCAGACCAGGACGGAGCAGUAGUUCAGUUCCCGGGAAGAUUCUCUCCCUCUGCCCCAAACACACCAGUGCCCAAAUAUCGUGUGUGUGAGAAAUGUGGAUCAAGCAUUACGACGGAGAUGGUGAAGAUUCGAGACGGCUGUUACCGACACCAGCAGUGCUACGCCUGCACUGACUGUGGCCUGAACCUCAGCAUGAGAGGCCAUUUCUGGUUUCAAGAUCAGAUGUACUGUGAGAAACAUGCUCAGAAACGGUUCCAGGAAGCAGAGGGGAGCUCAUGAGCUGGCCAGAUGCAAGGCUGACCGCUGAAGCCCUCCAGUCAGCCAGUGUGGAUCCCCUUUGUCAAAUACCUGCUGGUUUGAUUGAUUUAAUAAAGGAAUGAUGGCA